AUGUCGAGCAGUCAUGGCUUGGAUGAGUCGGCCGCGGGGGGCAAUGCGUCGGAUUCUGAUUCUGAUUAUGAAGAGCUCCAGGGUGAUAUCGCCAAAUUUGAUCAGUCAGUAAGAGAGUUCUUGUAUUCUCACCAUGAAGGGAAUGAUUCGAACUUUCCGGCACGUGGAGUGGCAAGGGGGCGAGGCUCUCGAGGAGCACGAGGCCCUCGCAAAGCCGCCAAACCUCGAGGAGACAUUACGGCAAGGCUGGCCAAAGUCAAUCAGGCAUUUCUUCUUGGAGACUACUCGAGAGCCUUGGACCUGGUCUCAGAAGUAAUUAGAAUCAAUGCCGAAACACACCAAGCCUGGACGGCGUUAUCGUCCAUCUUCCGCGAGCAAGGCGAGCAUGCCAGGGCGUUAUCUGCCAUGGUAUAUGCUGCUCACCUUCGACCCAAGGAUGUUACUGCGUGGCUUGACUGUGCAUCUUUUGCGCUCAACAUUGUUUCUGAGGACGAGGCAAGCAACCUUCAUACUGCGCGGUUGUGCUACUCUGCUGCCCUUAGGGCAGACCCCACGAACCUCGCUGCUAGGCUGGGCAAAGCUACUGUUUGUCACCAACAGGGUCAUCUAGCUGCUGCGAUAGCAGAGUAUAACAUUGUCCUCAAACAUCAUCCGUAUGACCUCGAGAUCGUACGGAAGCUGGCAGAAGCUUGCAUUGACAAUAAGAAUACUGAAGCCGCCGUGCCUUCCGCCAUCAUGGCAUAUCGACGUUAUUUUGACUAUGAAAUUGAAAACACACCACUUCACGGCUCAAGCGCUCCGUGGCACGAUAUAGGAAUCCAUGUGGAGCUCCUCGCCUCAACUGGUGCAUAUGCUGAAGCCAUUUACGAACUGAAAGCAUUGUCUAGAUGGCUCGUAGGCCGUGUCCAGGAGCAAUACUGGGAUCAAUGGCAAGUCGACGACUGCGAAUGGGACGAGAAUGACGAACGUAGAAGCCAUGUGCCUCAUUUCCACGACUCGAUGUUUGACGCCGAACUUUAUGGCCCCUCCCUGCCCCUGGAUUUCAGAGCUCGACUGGCAAUGUAUAGGCUCAGGCUCGGAGAAGAAGAAGAGGCUUUUAGACACUUGACUUGGCUGGAUCCAGAUAACCCACGUACCUUCGACUUCAUCACAGAAUUCCCUUUCAUUUCAUAUGACCUUGCAAGCGAGAUUGCCAAGUAUGGCCAGCCGCAGAGAGCCAUCCGAUAUCUCGAGUUACUUCGUGCCUCUACUGAAGAGGCGGAUGCCACACUCUUGGUUCAGUUAGGCCGUUGCUAUCUGGCCACUGGACAGCAAUCUACAGCAGAGGAGUGUUUCCACGCGGCCAUCGAUGCUGAAGAGUACAACAUCGAUGCCCGUAUCGAAUUGGCAAACAUGUAUGAGAAAGCCAGAGAAGAUGAAGAGGCUCUCAUUCUCGCUGCGGAAGCAAUGGCACUAAAGGAAGCCCAAGGGCAACCCCCGGGCGAGGCUUCUACAAAGGAACAGCUCCAUACAUUUUCAAUAUCAGAUCGUGGUCUACGAGGCAUGGCAGCAGCUCAGCCACGGGCCGGACCUAGACAGGCCAAACCGAAGCCGACUCAGACGGCCCGUAUCCUUCCUAGGAGAUACCGUGCAAAACGAUUUGCCAACCCUGAUAAACGCCGUCAAGACGAACGUUCACGCGCAAUUAAACUCUCCCGGCAGUAUGAGCUUGUUCGUGGUCUUAAGCAGCAGAUCAAGUCUGGCUCCAAUGAUCUCAUCCCAGUCUGGAUGGAAUCUUGUAAGGAACUCGUCGACGAUUUUCGGUCUCUCAAGAGAUUCUACACCUGGGAUAAAUACCUUCAUUUCCUUGGGAAGAAAGAGCUGCUUGAACAAUUUGCAAACGAGGAAACAAGCACUGAAUUAUCACAGAUGCUUGAGCGCCUCAAACGAUCUCUUGCUCCUCAACCAGACAGUUUACCAGGGCCAGCAUUCGAUAAUCAUCAGGGAAUAUCAUUCGAUGACUGGCUCGAUUUAUUUCUCGAUUAUGCCAUUGGAUUGUCUCUUGCACAUCGUCGCGAAGAAGCAUACCAGGUAUUUUGUGCUAUCAAUACAAAUGACGAAGAGAAAUGUAUUACAGUAGCACGCCACUUGAUGAGAGACGGCGGGAUAUCCGACUCUUCGCGGAUGUUUGCACUGCUCUCCAGGUUGUGCCAGUCACCUGUUUCAUGGUACACUUCUGGACCAGCCCAAAAAUUUAUUUUGAGACAGAUUAAAGCAAUCGACAUGAGUCAUGAAGCCACAACGAAGAAUGCCGGGAAUAAUGACCCCGACCAAGAUGCAACGGCAGCCGCAAAGAUGAAUAUGGACAUAUGUCUCUUGAUGCUUUACGGCCAUAUUCUUUUCACUUCUACGAGCUACACGUAUGCGAUAGGAUACUUUCUGCGUGCGUGGUCACUUGACCAUGAGAAUGCCAUGGUCAACUUGAGCCUGGGCCUUGCAUAUGUCCACUAUGGCCUUAAGCGACAGUCAACCAACCGCCAAUACCUGCUCCUACAAGGACAAGCUUUCAUAAGCCACUAUGUGCAAUCUGGGGGGGACGAGCCACAACUCCAAGCCGAGAGGUUUUAUAACGUGGGGAGGCUCUUUCAGCUGCUUGGUAUUGGCUACCUCAGCCUGCAGUACUAUACCAAGGCAUUGGAAGCAAAUACGUUGGCAGGUGGAAAGAAGCUCUUAAAGGAUAUAAUCUUCGUCAACGAAACUAUAUCGUUGCUAUCAACAAACCAUAAGAGCCUAGCACACGAACUGCUAGUAAAAAACUUGAAGCUGUAA